AUGGAAUAAAUUCCUUAAUAACCCAAGAAUGAAAAUAGCGAAGAAGUUUUAAAAGAUGGUGUUGAGUGGGUGAGAACUAAUCAUUGUAAAAUAACCACAUAUUUUGAUGCAAAUGUCACGAUUUUUGAAAAUCAUGGUAGAAAAUAUUAGUUAGAUAUGAAAAAAGAUUUUAUAAAAGACAAUUAGGCAAUUUAAAGUAUUUUCGACUAAUUGGGUGAGUUAGUUGAUAUUCUAGAUAAAAAGGAUUAAAAUAUUGAUGAAAAAUUUGCAAGCAUAAUUAAAUAUAACAAUUUUUCAUCUUUAGAAUAUCUUUUUAUGAAGGUUCUUGAUGAUUUAGAAAAAAAAGAAAAAAAUAUUUCGCAUUAAGAAGAUGAAUAAUGUUGUAUCUGCUAAUGCGAUUUAUAUGAUGACGUAUAUAAAAUGACUUAAAGCGAUUUUAAAAAUUAAAUUUAAAAUAAUUCUGACGAGGAUGCUAUCUAGCUUUAAGACUGUGAUGGACAUUUUUUCCAUUUCGGAUGUAUAAAACACAUGCUUAAAGACUCUUAUAUUAAAUGUCCUGUCUGCUCCAAAAUAUAUGGUAUUAUGAAAGGUGAUUAACCAGAUGGAAAGAUGACUACUUAUAUUGAUAAAAAUUAUAAAUGCGCUGGUUUUAACUGCUCAACAAUAGUAAUUGAUUAUUAGAUAUACGGCAGUGUAAGAAACGGGAGACAAAUACCUGGAACUCAUAGAACUGCUUAUCUACCUGAUAAUCAAGAAGGAAGAGAAGUGUUAAAGCUAUUAUAAAUAGCAUUUGAUAGAAAACUUAUUUUCACUGUAGGAAGGAGUGUUACUACUGGAUAAGAUAAUGUAGUUGUAUGGAAUGGUGUUCACCAUAAAACUAGCCCUACAGGAGGUGCAGCUUAUUUUGGAUACCCAGACCCAACUUAUUUCAACAGAGUUAAAUAAGAACUUGCUUUAAAAGGUGUUAGAUGA